AUGCUCCUGACGUCGUGCCUCGCCGCCCUCGCCCUCGCGGUGUCCGCCAGCGCGACCCAGCAGUUCUUCUCGGCUCAGUCUCCCGCCAACUUCCAGUCUUAUGAUGCCGGGCUGUUCACUCCUCUUGAGGACCUGAGCCUUCUCUCGAAGACCGAUUUCACCACCCUCAGUCACCCUCUUUUCCCCAACUACAGCGUCCGCAUCAAAAAAUCCGACUUUUGUGAUGAAACCGUCGCUUCGUACACUGGUUACAUCGACAUCCAAGCUCGCCACUUUUUCUUUUACUUCUUCGAGAGUAGGAAUGACCCCGCUACAGACGAUAUCAUCUACUGGACCGCCGGAGGUCCUGGCUGUUCGUCUUCCCUGGAGCUAUUCAUGGAGUUCGGACCUUGCAGGGUGACGGAUGUCAACACCACUACCUUCAACCCCUAUUCCUGGAACGAGCGUGCCAACAUCUUCUUCGUUGACCAGCCCGUCAAUGUUGGGUUCUCGUACGCCGAGUUCGGCGAGGUGGUUAGCACGACCACAGAGGCUGCGAAGGACAUGGCAGCGUUUACCGCCAUCUUCUUUGAGCAUUUUAGCCAAUUCAAAGGCCGUGCAUUCCACGUGGGCGGAGCUUCAUACGGCGGUCGCUACAUCCCAGUGUUUGCAUCCGAAGUGUACGACCAAAAUGCCAGGCUCAUCGAAGCGGGCUUGACACCCAUCAACCUCACCUCUAUUUUGAUUGGAAACGGAUGCACUGACCCGGCCACCAUGACUGCCUCGUAUUACGACAUGGCAUGCAGACCGAUGCCUGUGGAUCCCAUCCUCGACAUCAGCACUUGUGUACGCAUGAAACAAGCAGUCGGGCGCUGCGAGAAAAUGAUGAAAGAGUCGUGUGUGGACAAGUUUGAGGCUAUCGGCUGCCAGGCUGCAUCAGUAUUCUGCGGUGCUGAGAUCGAGGCACCUUUCGAUGCGUCCGGUUACAACCCGUAUGAUAUUAGCAAGCCCUGCGACGGCGUCGUCUCGGACAAUCUCUGCUACCCGCUCUCCAAGACAAUUGAGAAAUACCUCAGCCGUCCGGUCACCCGCGCGUCGCUCGGUGUUGACGCCGUGGUGCCAGAAGAGUUCCAGGUGUGCAAUAACGACGUGAACAGCGCGUUCCACGUCUCGCACGACCACAUGUUCCCGACGCAGUUCUAUAUCGCGGCGCUGCUCGAGCGCGGCAUCCGCACGCUGCUCUACAUCGGCGUGAACGACUGGAUCUGCAACUGGGUCGGGAACGACCGCAUGGUGCAGGGCAUGGAGUGGACUGGGCAACAGGCGUUCGUCGACCAACCACUGCGGGAGUGGUCCGUUGACGGCCAGGUUGCGGGCCUCACGCGCAGUGCGGGGCCGCUGACCUUCUUGACUCUCGACAAUGCCGGGCACAUGCCCGCUUAUGACACGCCAAAGGCCGCGCAGGUAAUGCUGCAGCGCUGGCUUGCUGGGGAGGAAAUGUAG